AUGGCUGGCCAUGAUAGCAGCGACGAUAUAGGAGAGCGGCAACCACUGCUUCAAGCUUCUCCAAGUCCCUUACCUGCGGGACCUGAUGACAACAAAUAUGAUACGACAGCGACGUUGAGCGAAACAGAGAAUGCCGGCGGCGAGAUUCAGCCAUCACGAGCUAUCGAAGACGAUGUGCUACCAGAGACAUCUGCCCUAGGCCGAACACUAAGCUGGCAGAGCGCCUACAUUAUUGUGAUAUCUAGAGUCAUCGGUAGCGGCAUCUUUGCCACACCUGGAGCUAUUCUGCAGCAAGUUGGAAGCCCUGGACUGUCACUAUUACUAUGGAUUGUUGGCACGCUUGUUGCAGCUGCUGGUCUGUCCGUAUCCCUCGAGUAUGGAUGCAUGCUGCCGCGGUCUGGAGGCAUGAAGGUCUACCUUGAAUUCACAUAUAGAUACCCACGGUUCUUUGCAACUACAUUAGUCGCCAUCAACGCGGUAUUCCUCGGGUUUACAUCCAGCAACUGCAUCAUCUUCAGCCGCUACGUAUUCUUUGCUUUUGGAGUGGAAAAUGCAAGUGGCUGGGCAGCGAAAUUAGUGGCCACUGCUCUGCUGGUGGUUGUGACGGCGACUCACGGGCUAGCUCCCAAGGCGGGCAUCAAGAUACAGGAUUUCCUCGGCUGGGUCAAGAUUGGCAUCGUCAUCUUCAUGAUUUUCUCUGGCCUCUACGUCGUACUUUUCCGGCCGACACUAGAUACCUCAUCGGGCGGCAACCCCUUGUCAUGGGAUCACCUGUGGGAUGACAGUGUUUGGAACUGGGGCGUCAUUUCGACGGGGUUAUUCAAAGUGUUCUACUCUUAUGCUGGACUGGACAACAUCAGCAACGUGCUGAACGAGGUUAAAGAUCCCGUACGGACCCUGCGUUCCGUAACGUUGACUGCACUGGUUACAUCUUGCGCCAUGUACACACUCAUCAACAUCGCGUACUUCAUCGUGAUUCCUGUUGAUGAAAUCAAGGGAAGCGGAGAACUCAUUGCGGCGCUCUUCUUUCGGCGUGUUUUUGGUGAGCAAGUGGGUAAAACUAUUUUGCCCCUGGCUGUUGCUCUCUGUGCGGUGGGAAAUGUUUUUGUUGUCGCAUUUGCAAUGGCCCGAUUAAAGCAGGAGAUUGCCAGGCAGGGCUUUCUGCCUUACUCAGAAAUCCUGGCAUCUACAAAGCCCUUCAAUUCGCCUUUAGGAGGCCUUAUGGUCAACUUUGUCCCCUCAUUAUUGGUCAUUGUGUUACCACCAACUUCAGAAGCAUUCUCCUUCAUCCUCGACGUGGAAGGCUAUCCAGGUCAAGUCUUUAGCCUUGCUUUGGGCGUUGGUCUUAUUUGGUUGCGAUUCAAGCGGCCUGACUUGAAACGGCCUUAUAAAGCAUGGCUAUUUACCAUUGUAGCUCGAGCUCUCUUGAGCUUUGCACUUCUUGCGGCGCCAUUCUUCCCUCCGAAAGACAGACCCUCCGGAGGACUUUGGUACGCAACUUAUGCAGUGGUGGGGAUGAGCACGAUUGUGGCCGGUGUUCUAUACUGGUACGUCUGGACGAUUCUUUUGCCCAAGUGGAGAGGCUACACGCUGGAAGAAGAGACGGAAGUUCUUGGUGACGGGACGGCUAUUACACGACUCGUGCACAAAUACGACUGA